AUGCUUGUGCCAAUCAUUCCUGAGUAUUUAUAUCAUCUUGAGCAUAAGCCUACAUCACCCUUUAAAUUUUUCGCUAAAAAUUGUACAAGUUUUAAUGACAAACAGUAUCGUCAUGAAUAUUAUGAACAAUACCAGCAAGCAUUACGUAAAUAUUUAUUCAGUAUUAAUUGUAGCCACUUAAUCGAUUGGAUAAGGAAUGCUCAAGAUAUUGAAAGUGCUCAGAAACAGGAGGCUUUAGUAAAAGAAAAUGGACGCGUUGGUUUCCUGUUGGCUUCGAAACCAAUGGCAGAGCUAUUAGCAAAUGGAUUUGUUGGACCACUAACAAACAGCAAUUCAGGCGUUAUAUUAUCUGUUUCUCAAAUUGUUCUAGCGUUUGCAUUUGUAAGAACAUACAUCUUAAUGCUUUUGGCUCGUUCUGUACAAGGAAUCGGUUCUGCCUGUACCACUGUGGCAGGUCUUGGAAUAUUAGCUCAGAAAUAUCCAGACAAUAAGGAACGAGGCAAGAUAAUGAGUAUUGCUGUAAUUGGCAUUGGUUUUGGCGCUGUUGCUGGACCGCCAUUUGGAGGUUUUAUGGACGAUUUCGUUGGGGGAGCGUCUCCAUUUCUUGUUGUAGCCGGUCUUGUACUAUUAGACGGACUGUUACAACUAACUGUCCUAGAACCACGUAUCACAAAACAAGCCGUUCAAAGGAAGUCGGUUAUAAAACUUUUAAGAGAUCCUUAUAUUAUUUUGGCUGCCGGCACUACCACAUGUGCAUAUCUAACAAUAGGCACAUUGGAAGGAACACUACCUAUUCACAUGAUAACAACAAUGAAUUCAUCUGCAACACAAGCUGGUCUCGCAUUUUUGCCUCUUUCUCUUUCCUACCUGAUCAGUGCCAGUGUGCCGUUUGCAACGAACAUUUACGGUUUGAUAUUGCCGCUAACUGUUGGAGGCCUAUCCGCAGGAAUGGCCCAGGCUGUCACACUACCCACAAUGGCUUAUCUCAUCGAUAUACGUCAUUCUUCUGCAUAUGGGAAUGUUUAUGCUAUCAGUGGCUCAGCAUCGUGCCUCGCUUUCAUCGUAGGUCCAUCGGUUAGUGGAAUUCUUGUUCAAGCAGUCGGUUUUCGUUGA